AUGGGUGCUAUCGAUGUCAUUCGGGGUCGCAAUGAAGGUGGCCGGACAUCUAAGCCAUUUGUCCCGCCUGAUGAGGGUAUUGAGAAGCAAGAACCCUCCACAAAUGAGAGUAUUACUACUUCCUCACCGUCCUCACCGGAAGAAGAGUCUUUCGAGUGGCACGAUGAAAAGGAAGUCCAAAGAAACCCGGAUCAUAUCAAUGCCAAUGCCGAGCUAGGUCUGCAGAAGGCUGAAGCUGCUGCGCUGGUCUACACCAGAAAAGUUGUACUUGGGAUUUAUGGAUGGAUUUGGCUGUGCUAUUUCAUGUUAGCAUUCCAUCAGACUUUAUUGUCUAAUCUCACUCAAUAUGUGUAUGCUGAAUUUUCGGCUGCUCCACAAGUGACCACAGCGUAUAUCACUUCGGCAAUUAUUGGGGGCGUUCUUAAGUUACCCCUAGGUAAGACCCUGAAUUUGUGGGGCCGUGCGGAGGGUCUUGCCUUCUCCGUCAUCAUUUAUCUACUGGGAAUGAUUAUUCUCGCUGCAUGUAAUGGCCCCAAUGCCUUUGCUGCAGGUUAUACCCUUUACUGGGUGGGAUAUUAUUUUAUUUAUUUGAUUUUGGAGAUUUUCAUCGCUGAUACCACUGGUUUGCGAAACCGAGCGUGGGCUUUUGCGUUCUCUACUACACCGUUUAUCUGUACCGCCUUCACGGCUCCAUUGGCUGCGACUUCAUUUAUCCAAACAUCUGGAUGGCGUUGGGGAUUUGGUGUCUUCGCUAUUGUUCAACCUUUUGUCUUCUUUCCUCUUUGUGGAAUUUUCAAAUUUUACGAAAGGAAGGCUAAGAAAAUGGGUAUCAUUCAUAGAGAGCCUAGUGGCCGGACCACUAUGCAAUCUAUCGUCUACUACUUUCAUGAAUUCGAUGUGAUCGGUGCCUGUAUCAUUAUGGCUGCCUUUAUUCUAUUCUUGUUACCUUUCAGCUUAACAUCCUACGGCCUGACUGGAUACUCCAGCGCCAAGUUCAUUGCUAUGAUUGUUAUAGGAUUCCUCCUAUUCCCUACCUUUGCGAUCUGGGAGAAGUAUUUCGCUACUAAGCACUUCAUUCGCUGGCAAAUGUUCAAGAAUCGUACGAUUGCCGGUGCUUGUUUACUUAGUCUCGUUCUAUUCUUCAAUUUCGAUCUCUGGGAUACAUACUUCCAAGGCUUCCUACUUGUGGUGUAUGACCUUGGAUACACAAAAGCCGGAUAUGUGCUGCAAACCUACAACGUCGGUUCCUGCUUUUGGUCCGUGGUCAUGGGUCUAUACGUGUACAAAACCAAACACUUCAAAUGGGUCUGUCUGUGGUUUGGACUACCGCUUAUGAUGCUCGGAUCUGGCCUGAUGAUCCACUUUCGUGGUGCUGAUCAAAGUAUCGGAUACAUUAUCAUGUGUCAGAUCUUUAUUGCAUUCGCUGGUGGUACUCUCGUGAUCGGAAAUGAUAUGGCUGCCAUGGCGGGUGGUGAUCGCGAGGGUAUUCCCAUCGCGCUUUCACUGAUCAGCUUGUUCAAUAAUGUGGGCAGCUCUAUUGGAUAUGCUGUUUGUGCCGCUAUCUAUAACAAUACUUUCCUCAACGCCCUUCGCAGCCGUCUUCCUGCCGAUCAGCAGGCGAAUGCUCUCACCAUCUACAACAAGUCUUUCGCAUACCAAUUGCAAUUUCCUGUUGGAUCUCCUGUUCGUGACGCUGCAGCAUAUGCGUGGGGCUACUCCCAGAAGAUGAACUGCAUUGCCUCUACGUGUGUUUUGGUUUUGGGAAUUCCUGCUAUUCUGCUUUGGAAGAACUUCAACGUGGAUAAGAAACAGGUCAAGGGUACCGUGCUCUGA